ACAUGACCUCCUCUCCUCCAGACUGCAUGCAGUUUGGUAUUAAAAUGUUUUCAGUUGCACCAACCAUUGUGUUUCACAUUUGUCAUGACAGACGAACGUUGAGCCGUUUUUAACACAUCCACAAUCUCAUAGUGAAACACAGGAGUGACGGCACUGACGGCUCAGGACCUCACCGCUCCUGUUUUUGAGGUUGUUGUCCAAAAAGUGCAGAGCUCCGGUGGGUAGAGACGCCUGCUAGCCUUUUUCAGGUCGGACGGCGACGAGGCCGCAGCCGGGACACGGGAGACACGGGGGAACAACCAUGGCUAACAUCGCAGUUCAGAGGAUAAAACGGGAAUUUAAAGAGGUCCUCAAAAGUGAAGAGACGAGCAAAAACCAGAUAAAGGUGGAUCUGGUGGAUGAGAACUUCACAGAACUUAAAGGGGAAAUAGCAGGGCCACCUGAUACGCCAUAUGAAGGGGGUAGAUAUCAACUAGAAAUUAAAAUUCCAGAGACAUAUCCAUUUAAUCCACCCAAGGUGCGGUUUAUCACAAAGAUCUGGCAUCCCAACAUUAGCUCUGUUACAGGAGCAAUAUGUCUGGACAUUCUCAAAGACCAGUGGGCAGCAGCUAUGACUCUGAGGACAGUCCUCCUGUCACUACAAGCCUUGCUGGCAGCUGCAGAGCCAGAUGACCCACAGGAUGCAGUAGUAGCUAAUCAGUACAAGCAGAAUCCAGACAUGUUCAAACAGACGGCGAAGCUCUGGUCUCACGUCUAUGCAGGAGCUCCUGUUUCCAGUCUGGAGUACACAUUCAAAAUAGACAAACUCUGUGCCAUGGGAUUUGAAAAAAAUGCAGUAAUAGUGGCAUUGUCGUCGAAAUCCUGGGAUGUGGAGACGGCGACAGAGCUGCUGCUCAGUAACUGAAUAUCGGCACUUGUCUCCAUCCUUAUCUAGGUCCUCAUUUCCCAACCUCACACACACUGUCCCCUCCAGCUGUCUGAAGGCAUCUCACCCCUCUGUUCCACCUUCAGAGUGGACUCCUUACUUUCUCUCCACCUCUCCCUCUGUCUCUUCCAACUGUGUGGUAAACUCCCCAUUCAUCACAUUACACACACACACACACGCACGCACGCACUCACUCCAGUCAGUAUCUCUGGUCUCACUAUGUUUAUUCAACAUUCCACUCAGUGCUUCAAUCGAACACCCAGCCGCAUUUUCUGCCCCACACUCAUUUGAAGCAAAUGCCAGAUUUAAGACCUCCACUUCCACCACUUUAUCAGGCCGUGUCCAAGAAGCAGCUGCCAGCAGCUUAUCUUUGCCUAUGCACUGCAUUUUAACUUUACUUUGUGGGGGAAAAAACAGUUUUGUUUUUUUUUUGUUUUUUUUUGGAAGAGUCGUAUAAUUGCUGGAGGCUCUUUUGGACCUGAUUGUUUGUUGUUUUCUAAAAGGGGCGUAAGCAGAGUCCGAGACUGUACUGUACUGACUUUUUUUUUUUUUUUAAUGAUUUCGGUACUAGUACUGGAUAAGACUGCUCAACACACCACAGUACCAAGUAACAAAUUUAUACUAUGAAGACAUGGAUUAGGAUGAGGCAUGUUCCCUGUUAUGAAAAACAAUCAAAAUGUAACCGAGGUGCAGGUACGAUCAUCCUCAUGCCAUGUUUUUCUCCCGAACCUCAGCUGCCUGAUAAACUCAAAGCUCCCACCCCUGAUCCUACCCGUCUGGACCUCCCAGCACACACACACACACACACACACACCUGCUCUGCACAUGGCUGGCUUCACCUGUCUCUUUGCCUUUAGUUUAUUUUUUUUAAAAGAAAAGAAAUAAUUUGGAUUUUGUCUCCUACAGGAAUACAUUUGAAUUCUUGUUUUUAAACUAAGAGAGAGAGGGGAAAUAAAACAUAAACGCUCAACAGUAAUCACAAGUCUGGAUGAAAAUAGCCAAACAAGUUUGAAAAGUAUUGCAUCACCUUAACUGCGACAACAGAUAAACGAUUCAUCUGUAAAUAAAGAUAUUAAAGUCUGUGUAAAUUAA